CUGGACUAGAUGACCUUUAAAGGUCCCUUCCAACUUUAAGGAUUCUAUGAUUCUGACUUUUAAGUUUGCUGCAGUCAUUGUUAUUCCAGGACGAGGAGGGCCAUGUAGGAAUACCCACAGGAAGACAGCUUUGAAAAGGGCUUUAGUUUCAAUUGAAGGAAACUACGUAAUCUUGAACGUAUAUAGCACGUGAUCCAGCAGUACAUGUUAUCACCAUAAAAUGAUCAUGAAAAUGAGUGGAAAUAAAUUAUUCAUAUUGCUUUAGGGAAUGUGAGUGCUACAUGGAUAAUCAAAACAAGUCUGAGUUAUGGUACAUAUUUGUAUUCAAAGGUAUGCCAUCAAUAUAAAGAUUAUUUCAAAUACACAGCUGUUUUAUGCAGCCAUUGAAUUGUGCUGUGUUAUGAGUAACACAGUCCUGCGGAAGAGGUGCUGAGACUCAUUCACAAUAGAGAACAGGUCCUGAUGAUGGGGCAAGGAGGCAUUGAGAGUAAGAGCAAGUUCUGGUAAAGUUACUCUUUGACUAAAAUAACAAGUUUUGCUGCCAGACCUCAUCUCUCACUGCAGGUUUUUUGUUUGUUUGUUUCUCGAUCUGAAGCUGCCUGAUGGUGCAGAAGGCAGUGGGUGCUGUGUUGCUACGGUUCUGGCAAAGGAAUCAAACACUCUCAAGGCGUUCUUGAGAGGCUGUGCUUGGUGGUAGUUCAGUAGAAAGACGACAUCCUCUUUCUGAGAAACUUGUUUGGACUAUGUAGAACCAUCCCAGGCUAAGCUCUGAUACUUAUGAGACAUGCUGUGUAAUGUAUGUUGUGUUGCUACGGGGUGCACACAAUCUAAGCAGACUGAAUUUGAAAAGACUGAGCCUCUCACCUGUCCUUGAGAGGUUAUCUUGGUUUUGCUAGCAUUGUUCUGUGCAUUCCUGCAUAUACUCUGAGCCAAAUGGAUCAUCAGUUUGCUCUCUGUUCUUGGUAACUUGGAAAUUAAAAUGGCAACAAAUAUCAAAGAUGGGCUAAGAGUUGAAGAACUGCACAUUUAUCCCGUAAAUCUGGUCUAGUGUCUAGCAAUCCUGCCCACGGCUCAUAGUGGUCUGGAUGUUUGUAUUGCCAUUACCAUAAUAACUUGGCUUUUCAUGCAUCAUAACAAGCAUUUAGUUUCUCUUUAACUUUUGUGUAUUGCUAUUCAUUGAGUUAACUACACAUCUUUGCUCACUUUGUUUUAAUUUAGUUCUCUUUCCCACAUAAUUUGAAUGAUUGCAUAUACUUUCAAAAUCAAUUUUAUAUACAUAUUUCAAUAACACUGUAUAGUCUUCAUUUCCAAGUAGGCUAGAUGGUUGCAAAGCUAGUUAUGGAUUACACAACAUUGGGUACUGAACACUGUGAGAAAGCUUAAAUUCUGAAACAACAUGGAGAAAUGUUUCGUUUCGGUGUGUAUUAAUGUGUUUAAUGAAAGUUAAAUCCUGCAGUGGAAAUAUUAUUCACAUUCCUAAGUGAUUCAGCAGUCAUAAGUAUGAUGUAUACUAAGUGGUACUUUGUUAAAUUAAAAAAAAAAAGUUUUUGAUGCUUAAUUAGUAUAGUAAGAUUAAAAAAAUAAAAGCUCCAUAAAUAGUAUUAUUAGAGUAAGGACUAGACCUUAGAUUUUCUUAAUGAAAUGAGUAUUUCCUGACAUCAGGAGAACUUUCUGAGCAAGCAUUACAGAGUUAAGAGUUCUGAACACAUUGGCCUAAAGGUCUGAAGUCCUUGACCAGAAGAAAUCAAUAGAAAUUCUGCUGGACUCUUGAGCUGAUAUCCACCAGAAAUCGUUUGGUUGAAUAGUGGAUUAACAUGUAAGUGACAGUAUUUUCUGAGAGAGGGAGGAGAUGGAUUAAAAUGAAAAAGAAAGGAAUUGAAUUCCCUGAAAGGAAUUCAAAUAAGGAAGGAAGGACAGCCUUUGUUUUCUUUUAACAUAAAGAAAUUUCUAAAAAAAUAACAGUUGUUUGCUUCCCCCUCCCCACUGUUUUAAAAAAGAUUUCCACUUCAUGAUAAAGAGAGACUUGAGAAAUGGUUGCGGAAUAUGAAACGCGAUGCGUGGACUCCAAGUAAACACCAGCUUCUGUGCAGUGAUCAUUUUACCCCUGAUUCCCUUGAUGUGCGAUGGGGUAUAAGAUACUUGAAACAUACAGCUGUACCAACAAUUUUCUCUUCCCCGGAUGACGAGGUAAAAGACUCUUCUCAAAACAGCCCACAAGAGAUAAAGAGAGAAGCCCUGGAAGAAACUACUAAAAAUGUUGAGUCUAAGAAGGUACCCUUAUCACUUGGACUUUGUACACCAAAGAAAAGUUCUGUAACUGCAGAAGACCCAGAUAAAAAAGAAGAAAUUUGCUCAACUGUAUUGAGUAAAUCUUUACAAGUACAGAAACUACAACUUGAAAACAGAGAAGACUUUGAAACAGACAGUAUCAUUCUUGGUAAUUCAUCUCAGCAGCAUAUACAUCAACCUGAGCCUGUUUUAAUGGCAGCAGCAGUCCAGAAUGUGGAAGCUACUGAUGUUCAUGCUUCUGUAGAAGUUCCAGUAAACUGUACAGCUACAGUCUUGCAAUUUUCAGACCCUGACUACUUGAAUUCGUCUGUGAAACUGAAAAAUACUUUGGGUUCAAUUACUGACUAUUCACUUGAAAAUCCAAACUCUCAUGUUGUAGGCUGUUCUGUUGAAGUGCAACCAACAACUGAAAAUGCAGUUUUGGUCAGUACAGUCACACAAACUUUUGAACAACUCAAUGGAAGUGAGGAAUCUGUCAUUGCUAUCAUUGUACCAGCUGAGAAUCCGAAAGAGCCUGAAAUAAUAAACAGAUCUUUCUUGCCUAUUAAACAAGAAUUUCUUGACACAGAAGAAGCAGAAACAGAUAAUUCUCUGCAUAUGAAUGCAUAUAAUGGAAUUGAAAUAUUACAAACUGAGCACUCAUACUGCAAACAAGACAUAGACAGAGAGCAUCUCUGGCAAAAAAUUUCAAAGCUCCACUCUAAGAUAACUCUACUUGAAAUGCAGGAGGUAAAAACUUUGGGGAGACUCAGGUCCUUGGAAGCUCUUAUUGGACAAUUAAAGCAAGAAAACCUGCUUUCUGAAGAAAAGCUCAAGAUUGUAGAAAACUGCUUCACAACACUCGAAGUGACUAUGAUACAGUAAAGGCUUUGAAUGGUUGUUCUUAAGUAUCUUUUUAGCUUCUCUGACUGUCCUUUUGUACAAAUUAACUUUUGUUUCAGUCAUGAUAUUUUAAGUAUUUAAUGCAAACUGUGUGAACAGCAAAUGUUCUUUAAAAUGUUACAUCAACCUCUGCAAAUCUUAGCUGGUAGACAGUUGCCCAUAAAACGUGACUUGCAAGUGAGUUUUAAAAGAAAAACGAAGCCUGUCUCGUUAAAGUGUAUGAGGUGAAUAAGUAAAAAUGAGUCAAGCUUUUCCAGGUGAGGCUUCCCUGAGACAUGCAAGUUUUGCAUUUGGGACAGUAGCGUUAGAAUGGAUUUCCAUAACUGUGUAGAAUGGACAGUUAUGAAGCAGUUGUUUAAACAAGAAAAAAUUGUCCUGAUUCUCUUUCACAUGAGUAAAGAGGUAUGUAUUACACAUUGUCCAGUGGAGCUACCAUUAUUCUUCAGUCUUUUGUCCAUCUAGUGUUCAUUGAUAACUUUUGUAUACUUUGACCCUAUUAAAUUUUUCUUCAAUAAA